UGAUAGAAAUUAUUUUGAGUACGUUAGUCCUAAUGCUAAUGAAUAUGAUAUCGAUAACCCAUCAUUAGACAAUGAUAGUAUAAGCUUCGUUAGUGAGAGCUUGGUGUCCGAGAGUACUAUAAUUGAUGAUAGUGAUAGAGAUUGUGAAAUCGAAAUGCAGCCAUUUACCUGGGAUAAAAUAGGUUUUGAAAAAGCAUAUGCAAUAGCCGACGCGAAUGAAUAUGAAGAGUUUUCCUGGGAGAACGCAGAAAUAGAAGAUAAAAAUAUAGAUUCAGCAUCAAUAUUUGAGCAGGAAUCAGAAGAAUCAACUGAAGAAA